AGAAGCUGACAAACUGGCUCCUAACACAUAUUAAUCAUCGUUUCAGGUUCAAAACAUUUUUGUUAGACGCUUUAUAUGGUGGUUCCCUUUUCCGUAUCUCAACUGUUUUAUUGGCUUCCUUCCAGUUUUCCAAUUAGCUCUUCAUUUGGCGCACUUCUUUUAGCUUAUUAUGCUCAUUAGCCACAUUAGCAUGCUAAGCUAAAAUGUUGAGGGUAGCCUCCACACCUGUUAGCCUGGUGAGUUUAUCCAAGUAGGAAUACUUUACUGAAUAUACUGUACCUGUAUUUUUAUUAUUUAAAUAUGACACACGAGUUGGAAGUGAAUACAUUGCUAACUUAUGUAGCACCAAUAUUAAAGGGAGCUCUGGAAUACGCUAGUAGCUAAGCUAAUCGUAAGAGUCAUGGUUUUACAUGCACAAUGGCACGUUGAGGUAGAAUGCAACGUGGGUUUCGGUGGAUUGUGUUUUUGUUUUAGCUUCACCAAAAGUUUAACAUGUCGCUACAUCACGUGGCUCUGAGGGCGGGGCUCGACCCAGCCAUCGUCAGUGACCUCCGAGUUGUCCGGAACUUGAGAGCCUUGGAGGAGAGCCAUGGGUCCUCUUCUUGGAUUAGCCUCCAGCAGGACAUCUACCCCCGCAUAAGGAGGACACUACUAGUGUGGAUGCUCCAGGUAGUGUGCGAGGAGCAGAAAUGUGAAGAGGAGGUGUUCCCCCUAGCGGUCCACUGCCUGGACUCUUACCUGAGCAUCCAUGCCGUGGAAACGUGCAACCUGCAGCUUGUGGCUGCGGUCACUAUGCUGCUAGCCUCCAAGAUGAGAGAGACUGUACCUCUCAUACCCUGGAAGCUCUGCGUACACGCUGAUGACUCCAUUUCAGUGGCAGACAUCCUGCAGUGGGAGGUGUCCGUGGUGUCCAGGUUAGGCUGGGGUCUGGCCUCCGCCGUGCCCUCGGACUUCCUGGAUCCGAUCCUUCACUCGCUAUCCUUUCUCGAAGCCCAGCACCUUCCCAGCGUGCGCCGACAUGUCCACUCUUACGUGGCCUUGGCAGCCAUCGACUCAAAGUUUUCAGACUUCCCGCCUUCCGCUCAUGCAUGCGCUUGUGUUUGCGCUGCAAGCCGCAGGCUCAACUUAGUGGACUCGCCUGAAUCAUUGCUCAAGUUUCUGGCCAAGCUCCUGCUCAUCGAUCUGGACUCUCUCCUCCUCUGCUACAGCCAGCUACAGAAGGCACUGGAUCUCGCCCUGCCUUCCCCUUUCAAAGCCGCUGCUUGCAGAUCGGAGGUCAGCCACGCCCCCGCCAACGUUGACCGUGUUUUAUUGACGCCCAGUGAAUGCCAGCUGGAAACUCCUCCCUGCCACCACAGGCAAGUGUCAGCCACAUGCGAGAACAAGAUGGAGCAGGCCUAAAUGUCACACAGCAUAUUUGAUUAAUAGCAUGGCGAGCACUCAAGUGGGUUGCGGAUGUGAGUUCUAUCCUGUUGCUGCCUGUUUUGAGGUGUUUUGGUACGUUUCCGAUCAACAUUGAUUGUUUACAUACACUACCUAAGAUGCACUAUCACCCCGACAAUACCUAACCCUAACUUUUUGGAAGUAGUGUAUAGUGUAGUGUAGUGCUGGGGGUGUCCAAAUUUUUCCACCAAGUGAAAAAUGGAAGGACACAAAGGAGAUAUGCUAUGAAGUUAUCGAUACUUUAUAUAGGCUAUUGUUAAUAUCGUUGUAAAUUUUCAUUUUGUAAUAUUCCCAUAUUUUGACUUUAUUCCCAUAGUAUUCUGUUUUUCCCCCGACUUAAUUUUCCAAAAAUUCCAACUUUAUUUUGUUUUCUCAUAUUCCGACUUUUAAAAAAUAUUUUUUUUCUUUAAUAUUUCAGCUGUAUGUUGCUAAAAUGACAUUAUUUAUUACGAGUUUAUUCCUGCAAAAUUGCGACCUUUUCUUCACGCGAGAAUACGACUUUAUUGUCGUAAAAUUACAGCUGUUUUUUACAUUUCUGCUGCUGUUUUUUUAAUUCAUUUUUCAACUUUAUUUUUGUACAUUUUGUUAUCGUAAUCAUGACUUUAUUCCCUUAACAACUUUUUCCGCAACCUAAUUUUCCAAACAUUACAAUUUUGUUUUGAAUAAUAUUCAAACUUUUAAAAAAUAAUGUCUUUUUCCCCCAAUAGUUCAUCUUCAUGCUACUAAAAUUACGUAAUUUCUCCUCUGACGUUAAUCUUGUAAAAUCUAGACUUUUUUUCUCUUAAUAUUUUGACUUUUUCUUGUAAAAUUACAGCUGUCUCCCCCCCCCAUUUGUUUUUUUUCCCCCCCAACUAUUUCAACUUUCUUCUUAUAAACUUUCUUCUCUGAAUUUGGACUUUAUUCCCAUAUUUUGACUUUGUCAUAACACCUUUUUCCACAACCUAAUUUUACAAAAAUUACAACUUUUUGUAAUAUUCAACUUUUUUUUUCACUAAUAUUUCAACUUUAUGCUACUGAAAAUUACAUUAAUCAUGUAAAAUUCUGACUGUUGGAUUUCAAUUUUUUCUUUUAAUAUUUUUGACUUUAUUGUUGUAAAUAAAAUUACCGAUUCCCAUUUUUGCUUUUUUUUUUUUCUUGUUAAGUUUGUAGAAUGUGGACACCCCUGAUGUAUGCCAUUUGUAUGUGGACUAAAAACAUCAGU